GCAGAGGCUGUCUGUUCAACUGCAGAGGCAACAACCACAAGAGUACUGUGCUUUAUAUAAAUAAUGACUUUUUUUAACCUGUUGAAUAUGUAAAAUUACUACAUUUACCGGUGCCGUUGUUGUUAUUAUGACGAAUAAAGCAAAGCCAAAGUUUUGGAAAAGGCUCAAAUCCCAGACCACGUCAACUUAUCUGUCGUGGCACCCUCAGGAGUCUCUGUCUGGGCACAAAGGAACCGAGGAAGACCUAAAUUAUCAGGCUUUCUUAGAAAAUGGACACAGACAUCUGCCCUGCUGAUCAGCCCACCUCUGCACCCUCAGACAUCCAGUGGUCUGACUCUGUCCCUGUUAAUGAAGCUUCUGGUGUUGAAGUCAUCAGACGGACUGUGGCAGCUGUGCCAGGUUCAGAGAUGGAGGAUCUGGAUUCCUACAACCUGAUCGAGCCUCCUCCAUUAGACUGGAGGUCUGAUUCCUCCAGUGAGGUGGGCUCCGCAGAUGACCUGGAUGAACCCAGCUUUGCUCCUUCAGCUGACAGCUUGGACAAGGUCAGUCCAAGUGAACCUGUAUUACUACCUUUGGAUGUGACUGACACAGGGGCUGGACUCAACAUAAACCAGCAGGAGCUGGCGCAAAAUAUUUCAGUCCAGAAUACAGAGGUGGAAGUGGAGGAAGGUGAUGCUGCAAUUGAUGAGGAGGAAGGGGUGAGGGUGGAGGACUUGGAGGGUGUUGGGGAAGACGAGGGGGAGUUAACAUUUAGGGACGUGGAAAAUAUAGUCACUGAAAAGGAAGCUGCUAACAGAAGAUCAGGGGAUGAAGACCACAGCCGCAUCCACACCUUACUCAGCCAGCUCCAGCUGAUGGGUGAAGAGCCCCAUCCUAGCCAUUGGACACCACCUCACCAUCACCACUCCACCUUGUCUGAGCUAGAAGCCUGUGCUCCUUCACUAAUAACAGAUAACAGCACUGAGACCACUGGGUUGCUGUUCUCUGAAAACCACCAGAGAGACCUGCUGGGGCUGCUGCAGUGCACAGAGAUCGGUGCUACACCCCAUCCCACCUGUCUGCCCCACAGAGGAGAGAUGGAUGCUGUAGUGUCAGUGUCCUAUAGUCAAGAGGACACUCAGAGGUUCUGGGAGCAUUAUGGGAAUGGUCAACAUCAACGGCACAGGGACAACUCCCUGGCCUCCCUGCCUGACGAAGAAUAUCCUGAACCAGUGUGGAUGAAGCUGGGUGAGGAGCCUCCAGACGAAGAAGCUGCUGCAGAGAGUGAGCAGAGUGCUGAUGACCAUCCUUCAUAUAAAGAUGUGCCUGGUCCUUGUGACCCUGAAGACCUUCUGGAAGGGGUAAUAUUUGGAGCCAAGUAUCUGGGUUCCACUCAGAUCAAAUCAGAGAAGAACCCGUCUACGAAUGCUCGUAUGGCCCAGGCUCAGGAGGCUGUGGACCGAAUAAAGGCUCCAGAGGGUGAGUCUCAGCCAAUGACAGAAGUGGACUUGUUCAUCUCCACGCAGCGAAUAAAAGUCCUGACUGCUGACACACAGGAAGCAAUGAUGGAUCACGCUCUACAGAUGAUCUCUUACAUUGCCGACAUUGGUGACAUUGUGGUCCUGAUGGCACGAAGGAAACGUAAAGGGCAGGAUGGUGACUCAUCCUCUAACUCUUCCUCUUCGUCGUCGUCCUCGGCGCCACAGAAGAAGUGCCUGAUGAUCUGCCAUGUCUUCUCCUCCGAGGAUGCUCAGAUCAUAGCCCAGGCCAUUGGUCAGGCGUUCGGAGUGGCCUAUCAGCAGUUCCUUCAGGCCAGCGGCAUCAAAGCCAGUGAUCUGAAGCCCGGCGAGUACAGUGACUACCUGGAAAGUCAGGAGCUCUACAACGGAGACCUGGCCCACUUCUCUAACUCUCAGAACCUUAGAGAUGUAGUCAUCACAAAGGCCUCUGGAGAGAUCUUGGGGCUGGCGGUGGUGGAGUCAGGCUGGGGCUCCAUCCUGCCCACUGUGGUGGUGGCCAACCUCCUUCACGGAGGUCCAGCUGAGCGCUGCGGUGAGCUAAGCAUCGGUGACCGCAUCAUGUCCGUCAACGGCACCAGCCUGGUGGGUCUACCCAUCACCACCUGCCAGAACAUCAUCCGGGACCUGAAAAACCAAAAGUAUGUGAAGCUCAGCAUUGUCCACUGCCCUCCGGUCACCAUGGCAAUUAUCAGGAGGCCGGAUCCCAAGUUUCAGCUCGGAUUCAGUGUGGAAGACGGCAUUAUCUGCAGUCUCAUGCGGGGCGGCAUAGCAGAGAGAGGAGGCAUCCGUGUCGGGCACCGCAUCAUUGAAAUCAACGGACAAAGUGUAGUCGCCACACCGCACGAAAAGAUCAUCCAGGUCCUAACAAAUGCAGUCGGAGAGAUUCACUUGAAGACAAUGCCGGCCUCAACAUAUCGUCUCUUAACAGGACAGGACCAGCCAGUGUUUCUUUGAGCUCUUCCUGCUGCAUCAAGGACAAAAAUACUACACAGUGUUCAAGCUAAAUGAACUUUUGCCAAACUCAGAAAAUAUUAUGCAGUUGACCAUACAGCUUAUCAUAAGCUGUUGUCAUACCACCGAAUACAACAAAUUAGUCUAGCUAUAUAUUUUUAAGAUGUAAAGUUAAUUUGCAUAUUGUACAAACAUAUUUUAAAGUGACAGGGAUUGACAUUAGCUCUAAAUUUAUAUUUAUCAAAUAUUUAACAAUGCAGGUUGUAGCUGAGAUGCAAUAAUGCAUACGCGCAAUAUUUUUGGACUUCACUAACUUAUAUGGAGUGAGGUUCAGUUCUCCUAUGAGUCUUCCCGCCUGGUGUGCCUGAGGUAAACAUGCUUGCAGGAGAAACUUUAUUGAAUCAGCACAGAGAGUCUGUGUAUUUCAUUGUGAUGUACUUCCAGUCCCUUACAUACUCACGCAUAUCAACAAGUGUCUCACAAGCUUCUGAGUUCUGUGUUCUGGUUCACUCAUACAGUGCUUCCUUGACUGGGUCUGACAGGAAGUGCAUAUCAUGCACAAUUGACGGUAAUCGCCUUAUUUGAUAGAGAGAUGCUUAUAUUUUAUAUUAUAUAUAGAAUUUGCUGUUUUUGGAUGUUUAUUAAAAUGAUCUGUAAGAUGUC